CGUGUCUGCGGCAUCUUCCAUACAUUGUUUCAACAGCGUUGCUGCAAUUUGAUUGGUCGUCGCGGACCACGUGACCGGAAGCGCCGCAUUUUCAGCUGAAAACGAGCUAAGGAUAGUCGGGAAUCGCAUAUCCAGGAGUCGAUCCCGUUAUGGGGGACAUGAAGACCCCAGAUUUUGAUGACCUGUUAGCAGCAUUUGAUAUUCCUGACAUAGAUGCCAAAGAGGCCAUCCAGUCUGCCCCAGAUGAAGCAGAAGGACCCCACGGAGCUGCAGGUGCACCUCUGGGGAAGCCGGAAAACGUGGUGGGUGUUGGGUCYUCUCUGAGACCGCCAAGCCCCUUGGACCCCCAGGCGGACACCUCCAUCGUGAGUGUGAUCGUGAAAAACAAAGUUCGCCACGAGACGGUGGACGGAGGAGAGGGAGACACGGACCAGCAUCCUAUCGAUGUGAUCACAGGGGCAGAUGUGGGUCCUCGGCUUGGAGCGUGCGCUCCUGGGAUGGCGGAUUCUGAGGCGCUCAAUCACAACGGUUUUGGAGCAUCUGGUGUCUCCACGCCGCUCCCCCUCAGCCAGGUUCAGUCCAACGGUGCGCCUUGGUCCAUGAACACCCCUAAAGUGUCUGCGGAAGCCGCUGGUGCCAGCACAGCCAAGUCUCACAAGCAGGGUGCCAACAUUUUCAACAGACUUAAGCCGCUUGUGGCGCAGGGCUCUGGAGAUCCAGUGGGUCGGGCCAGAAAGAUGCAGCUUCUGCAGCAGCAGCACCAACAGCAGCAGGAUACGGGUCAAGAAAGGGCAGAUGGGGUCAAAGCAUCAUUACCUACGUGCUCCUCUCUAUCUGCCGGGUCGCCCCCUCUGGCUGCUGCUGCUGGGCCUGUAGGACUGUCUUUGCCUUUUUUUCCACCUUCCAAGCCCUUGCUUCCAGCUCCACCUUCUGCACCCUCAUCACACCCGCUGCACUCCUCUCAGCCUUUUAACGGAGCUCCCAAAAGCAGCGCUGCUGGAUCACAGCACCACCAGGCAGAGGAGGAGGAUUCUGAUGCUGAUCUGGGGAGUCCGCUGUUGAUCCAAGAGAUCCCAGACUCCCCAGCCUGCACUCAGCUGAACCGACGUUACAGGUCCGAUUCCGUCUCAGCCCAGUCCACCUCCUCGGCCCCGUCUCAGCCUAAACCUGGCGACACGCCUUCAGAAUCAUCUCUGACUUCAUCAACCCCUCAGUCUGGCUCCACGGAGAUUCCACAGGUGGAGGAGAGGAACCCUGAACAUGUGAUCGAAGAGAGAGAUUCACCGGAAAGUCCUGAACCAGAGGUGCCAAACUCAACCGCCCAGGUCACCGCUAAGAGAUGCUCCAGCCCCGCCGUGGCCUCCACACCCCCUCCUUCUGAGCUGCGGGAGCCUAAAGAUGAGGAGGAGGAGAUGGAGGUCGGGAACGGGAUCGAUAGGGUGGUUGAUGGCAAAGCUGACAAGGGAGAAAAUACAGAAACAAAUGAGGAAAACAUGGAGGUGGAUGAUGGCAAGUCAAAACCCUUAUCCACCGAGGAAGGAGGCAAAGGCAACGCUGCACCGGUUCCUUCUGGAGCUCCGUCCCGCCCACUUAAAGUCAGAAUAAAAACAAUUAAAACCUCCACGGGUGGAAUCACCAGAACUGUGACGAGAGUGGCGCCAAAAGGAGGGAAAGGCUCGGACCCGAAAGCUCAAAGUGGGGAACAAAAGGCGCUAGCAAACAAAACCCAAAAAUCKGAGGCCUCUCCUGGUCACAUGCCUGCGUCACAGAAAGUAAGUGCUCUCAAUGCGCUGCCUGUGUCGACGCUGGCAGCCAGCAGUGUCAUGCUCGCUGCCGCCACAAAGGUCCAGAACAAAAUGGCUUCGUCGGAGAAGGUGAAGGUUUCCGCCGCUGCUGUCAGCAUCACUAAAUCUGCUGCUCUGCCUGCAACGCCGGCGGUGGCCUCCUCCCCCAAGUUCUCAGUAGCUGCUAGCGGGAUAAACGUCCGCACGGCCGCCAACAAAUCRGCAAACGGAGGCAGCGGCACCCUCCAGUCCAACAAACCCGCCUCGAUCGUCAACAGCACGGGCGCCGUCAUCUCCCGGAGCCAGUCGAGCCUGGUGGAGGCGUUCAACAAGAUCCUGAACAGCAAGAACCUUUUGCCGAGCUACAAGCCUGACCUCUCAGCUCCCCCGCCCCCCGAGUGGGGCCUGCCGCUCCCCGCCACAGGGUACCGCUGCCUCGAGUGCGGCGACGCCUUCGCCCUGGAGCGCAGCCUGGCGCGACACUACGACCGCCGGUCGCUUCGCAUCGAGGUGACCUGCAACCACUGUGCUAAGAGGCUGGCCUUCUUCAACAAGUGCAGCCUGCUGCUGCACGCCAGGGAGCACAAGGAGCGCGGGCUGGUCAUGCAGUGCUCACAUCUGGUCAUGAGGCCGGUCACUGUGGAGCAGAUGAUCGGGCAGCAAGAUAUAACGCCAAUCGGGGGCCUGCUCACCUCUUCGUCCUCUCCUCCAGUCUCCUCUCCUUCCACCACACCUGGGGGUCCCGCCGCCGUGGCCAACUCCAGCCCCAUGAAGGACGCGUCGUGUCCCGCGGCAGCCCAGCCUCGAACCGUCCGCCGCGUGCCUCAGGGCCCCCAGGCGCUCAUGCCUCUGCCCUGCAAAAAGGCCGAGGGGCUGCAGUACAACAACUUUAAAUGUCCAGAGUGCCAAACGCAGUUCUCUGGCAAAACUGAGCUGGUCACUCAUUUCCAGCAGAUCAGAGGAGCUCCUAACUCGACGUGUACUCAGUGCUCGCCUCCCAUGAUGCUCCCCAACUCGUGUGCCGUGUCCGCCCACCAGAGGAUCCACAAACACAAAGCUCCACACGUGUGUCCUGAAUGUGGCGGAAUCGCGCGACAGGCGAGCUUCCAGACUCACCUGGAGGAGGCCUGUCUGCAUUUCGCCAGGCGCAUUGGCUACAGGUGCUCGAGCUGCCAGGUCGUGUUCGGAGGGUUGAACUCCAUCAAGUCCCACAUUCAGACGGCUCACUGCGAGAUCUUCCACAAGUGUCCCAGCUGCCCCAUGGCCUUCAAGUCUUCCCCCAGCGCCCAGAGCCACAUCAGCACCCAGCACCCGACACUAACCGGAGGACAGGCCAAGAUGAUCUACAAGUGCGUGAUGUGUGAUACGGUCUUUACCCAGAAACCCUUGCUGUACAUGCACUUUGACACGCAUUUAGCCAAGCAAAAAGUGCACGUGUUCAAGUGUCCUGACUGCACUAAACUCUACGCCCAGAAGGGUUCCAUGAUGGAGCAUAUUAAGACCGCUCACAGAAGCAUCUCAGCCAAACAGGAGUCUCAGCCCGACGCUUCAAACCCCGCCUCGGCUCCGACCAACUCGUCCACUCCCUCUGGCUCCAAGUCCAAAUCCUCUGGAAAGCCCGACACCUCUGACGGUGAGGACUGGGGGCGGGAACAGGAAGAGGAGGAAAACGACGAAGACGACGGAGGGGACGAGGACUARGAAGCCCCGGGAGGUAACUCUGCCGCCGGGGGUGGCAGUCAUUCAAGCGCUCCGACUGAGUGGACCUGCGCUCAGUGUCAGACCACCUUCACCGACAACGAGGAGUACCAGAGUCACGUACAGAUGGAGCACGGCAAGUUCCCCUGUCGUAUCUGUGGAGGCACCUUCAGCACGUCGUCCAGCCUGCGACGUCACGAACGUGUCAUUCAUGAGGGCAACAAGAGAGUCUUCCACUGCCAGUUUUGCACAGAAGGCAAACGUACGUUUGGCAGUCGGUUCUUGUUGGACAAACACAUCCGGCUUCAUCACAGAACAGAUGGGCAAGGUCCCCCUCUGACCAGGAAGCGUGCAGCUACAGGAGGAGACGGACCCGGCAGCUCCUCAGAGCAAGACGGUGAAGUUGGCCCRCCUGUAGGCAGGGCAGCUGAUGAAGAGGAGAACCCCACGGAAGACGGCAGCGGCCCCGCGAAGAGAACCAGGGCCUCCGUGGCGUCCACGUCGUCGGCACCCGGCGAGUUGGAGGAGGAGGACAACGUGUUCCGCUGCGUCCCCUGCGGUUUCUCCACAGAGGACGGGGCGGAGUUCCAGCAGCACAUCCCGCAGCACCGCGGCGACACCGCCUCCUUCCAGUGCCUGCAGUGCGGCGUCUGCUUCGCCUCGGCCGGCUCCCUCGGCAGGCACCGCUUCAUCACGCACCGGGUGCGGGACGCGCAGGGCGACGCAGAGCGCGGCGGCCCCUGCGCCCCGGGCUCUCCGGACGCCUCCCUCGCCACCUCCCCCCAGGCGCAGGGCGAGGACGGAGACGGGAACCUGAGCUGCAGGGUGUGCGGGCGGCGUUUCGACAAGGCGACGGACCUCAACACGCACUUCAGGACCCACGGCAUGGCCUUCCUCACCGCACACAAGACGGACAAGCCCCAGUAGAGGGGCGGGGUCCAGUCGCCUGAGACUGACGGGGGCGGGGCUGGAGGACAUGAAUGUUGAAGAGCAUUUUUUAAGCAACAAGAAGCAUUUUAGUCCCUGUGGCACCUCUUCAGUGCCAUUGUUACUGCAUGUUUGAUCAGAAACACUUCCAAGUAAAAAAACAAAAAACAUAAAAACAUUUCCAUCAGCCAUACUGUGUUCAACACAUUUACCAUCCUCAGUCUGCACUGACUGUAGCCACAUGCCUGUUUGUAAAACACAGGCCUCACACUACACUCCUCCAUGACAUGUAAUAAUCGCUGCUUGCCUCAAAGUCCAUCCUUUUUUUUUUUUGUUUUGUUUGGAGCAGCUUUAACGCCUCUGAAAGCUGAUAAGAAAAUCGAAGACACGCGAAGCAUGAAAGGGAGUGUUCGGGGAGGGAAAAAAAAUUGACACUGAUUUUAAUGUUGCAAUGGUAUUUAUUUAUAUAUAAAUAUAAAAAAUCACAUUGUUGCUGUUGGUAUGGUGUUAGUGCAGCAGAGACAUGAAAUGAGAAACUCUGAGUUUGUGUCGUGCGGAUAAUUUGUGACAUUAAGCUAGAGGAAAGAGCGGGGCUUCCUGUCAAGUAGUAAACGAGUUUUGAAAUGUAAAUACACAAAAUUACACUAAGAAAGCGUUCCAGUUUUAGUAACUUGCUAUGAUAAUGUGAAUAUGUGUAGUAUUUGUACCUGUACCGUUCCCUUUUUUCUUCCUAAAACUGGUUCAUGGUUAAAAAGAAUUGUAAAAAAUAAUCACCCCCCCUAAGAGUUAUCUACACAUAAUUACAGAUGAGGAGGACAAGGGGGUUGUGUUGUCUUAAUGUGUAUGAAAAACAAAAAUGUUUAUCUCUUUCAGACGGUUCUUUUGUAACUACAGGAUCAGUGCUUGCUGUACUCACUUUUCUUUUAUACGUUCAGGCCUUCAGUCACGAUGGAGGGCCUACGAGUGGAAAACAAAACAAAAAAAAUCUUCUGUUUGUAUCUUUUUAUAUGUCAUAUCAUAUUUAUAUAGCUCAGUAGUGGAAGUUUCACGUCAUUUUCUUUUCCAUGGUUGUGGUCUGCUUGCUGAAAUGCCAUACACUUCUGUGCUGUUUGGAAAUAAAUGUGGAAAAGAUA